CCGAAAUACUUCUAUAUAAGCGCAAUCUGUCGUCACAUUUUUCUCCUUCUUAGGGUUUGCGCCGCGGGACAUCGAGCACAGAACUAUAAGGGAACUGCGGCGACUCCGGGAAGAUGCCGUCACACAAGACGUUCAAGAUUAAGCAGAAGCUGGCUAAGAAGAUGCGCCAAAACCGCCCCAUCCCCCACUGGAUACGCUUGAGGACCGGCAACACCAUCAGGUAUAAUGCCAAGCGCAGACACUGGCGUCGCACAAAGCUAGGGUUUUGAGGGCGCUUAACUUUCUUCAUUUCCUUAAAACGUUGGGUUUCCUUUGUAUUUCGUCUUGUUAUUGAUCUUGGGCAUGCUGUCAUGGUUCAUGAUCUGAACUUGUUCCGCAGUGGGCAAUAUGGAUAAUUGUGUUUACAAUUUGACUUUUUCUAUUAGAUUGAUGAUAGUUUUACAAGAA